AUUUAUUGAAUGAUUUCUGAAACUAUUUUAGAAAAACUAAAACCCAGCAAUUCCCAAAUAGUCAAACCAACAGAAAAGACACUAACCAAAUUAACAAAAAGCUAAAAUAGUUUAAAGAGAUAUGAUAAAGAUGAAAAACACUCAGAUGAUCUUGUAAAAUUUAAAGAAACUCUCUUAUCAAUAAAUGCAUCUUAGAAAUCAGAAAUUAAUUCAAGCAGAGAGCCUAAAUACGGCAAAAGAGUCUUAUUAAAAUCACUCAAAGGAGGUCCUUUGAUCCCUAUGCCAAAAAAUGGAGCAAAUAGACACGAAACACCUCCUUUGAUUACUUAAUCCUUGCCCUAACUAAAAUUAAAAACACUAGGAAAUCUCUAGCAAAGAUAGAUUUCAAGUUUGACAGAGAAAAACCAAAAUCUCUCUAAAUCAUUACUAAACAAUCCAUAAAUGAUACAGGAAACGGAAUAAUCACUUUAAUCGGAUAAUAGGUCGAUGCUUUAUAAAAAAGAGCCUUAUCAAAUUGUUUAAUCUAAAUAACCAUAGGAGAGCAAGAAUGAGCAAAUUGUCGAACAAUUAGAGUUGGAAUCUGAAAUUGCUUAAAACAAACAGAAACCCAUUCAAUAAGCAUAAGAGGAACAUCAAGAGGAAGAGUAAUAAUCAUAAUAAGUAAGUGAAUAGGAACAUAUUUAAUGUUUGGUGGAAUAACAUUUAUCAGAACAAGAAGAAUUUGUAAAGCAUUUAGCUGGUAAUUAGGUAAUAUACUAAAAUUAGGAAAAUGUAUUUGCGUAUAAUGCCCAUGUGGUAGAUGUAAGUGCAAAUUUCAAUAUAAACCCUUUGCCACAAAUUUAUGUUGGAAUUCGAAUUACAGAUCAAGUUACAAAGAAAAUCCCAUUAAAGAACAGGAUCUAAAGGUUGAUUUAGAAUAAUUUAAAAAAUUCAAAUCAGUAGAGUCGUGUGAAUAUAAAACUACAAUGGGAUCUGAUUUCAAAUCCUAUCAAAUUAUUCCACCAGAACAAAGGGUAGCUAAAACAUACAAGCCAUCUCUUGGUACCACACCAAUGACAUCAUAUAAAGUAUUAUAUUGUUGAUCUUAGAAUUUCUAUAUGAAUUACGGCGAUCUUCAUUAUGAAUAAUUUAAGUAAAGUCAUUACAAGACUGUAAUACCGGAAUUGCCGUUCAAUCCCAAUACAACUUACAAACAAAGUUUCAAGAUGUAGCAAUUAUAAGAUAAUGGAGUAUUUAUGCAAAUUAUGUCUAGUACACUAAACCGCCCAAUGGCAAGCCAUUUCCAACUAUUGAUUUAUUUUUAGGGUAGUCGCAGAAUAAAUAAGCAUAUCAACCAAAAUAAGUUGAAAAGGCUAAGGCUAUUGAUUAGCAUGGUGAAAUUAUGUAGGUUCCAGCCUAUUAAGGAUAAUACACUAGCGUAACACAUAAUGAUUAUGUAAAAAAAGAAAUCUUAUGCGAAAAAUAUAAAUGA